GCAGAACUAUUCACCCGGAUCUUAAAAUUCUCUGGGUCAUCGGCAAGGUAAAUCGAAUUUCGUGGCCACUCUUCUCAAGAAAUACGUAGGAACAGACGAACCUAAGGAGAAUGGAGACAUCUUGAAAUGUGAAUGUACAAGUAAUCAUGCCUCACCCACCGGAUUAGGCAAAUGGACUCUAGAUGGUGUAUCUAGACGUGUUAUGGCCAAUGGAUGCCCAAGUAUAAGACGAUACUUGGUUGUUGCUGUAUGUUUUUUAUUGGUGGCUGAAUUAAAAAUAGCUUUUGGACAACACUGUUCAACCGCCGCUACAGUUACCCUGAAUGCUGAGAUUUAUCCGAAAUAUUCCAUCACCCCUAAUUUCCCACAUAAAUAUCCACGAAAUGCUUGCUGCCACUGGGAAAUAAUUGCACCUGUUGGAUUCAAAAUUAAGUUCGAAGUGGAGGAGUCUUUCAUAGAGGCCAAGCCUUCUCCCAGGUGUAAUGGGGACUAUGCGGAAGUCUUUGACCAUAGAAAUUCAAGCUUGAAGAAGUUUUGUGGGUCCAAUGAGCCGGUAGUUAUCAGUCCCUCUAACGUUCUGCACGUGAUCUUCGUGUCCGAUAAUGUAGUGGAAACCAAGGGGAUGAAAUUCUCCUAUGUCGCUGAUACAAAUUUUGUCAUGCAACCUUCGACGACAACAGACGCUCCAAAAAAGAAAGACAAAGAGACAAACAAAGUUGCCCUGUUCGCGGCCAUGGGAGGGGCAGUGUUAUGCUCUGUACUCUUUGUGACAGUUCUCUGUGUCUGCUUACACACUAAACGAUGCGGCUGUCCAUGUGGAUCCAGAAACACUGCGCAGGUCGUAGAACCAUUCGACAGCACCUCUCGCAGAGAGCACCGGAACGUCAGCCGGACAGGUUCGAUUUUUACGUCUCACCUCAGCAGAAGUGUCGGUUCUUUACCCAACGACGAAGUACUAUCCUUGCGUAUUUUGUCCCCGCCUCCGUACAGCUCUGGACCCCCGCCCUCCAUAGACAGUCCAAGCGACUCUUCUUCACCCCCACCGCCGUACUCUUUUAAUGAUCCGCACCCGGAUGUUGUGGUUCAGUCGGAUAGUUUACCGAGCUAUCCAGGGGAAGUAAGUCGGUAUUGACGCAACAAUCAAUUCGUCACUGUGUUCAAAGUGAUUUUUUUUUAUAAAUCUCCGUCCACUUGAUGCAUAUAUUCUGUGCCAAAUGAAAUAUAAUGUGAACACAUUGUGAACCUAUUGUAAUUCCGUGCAGGAAUAUCAGUGUAUUGAAGACAUUCUUCAACUAUUUAAUAUAUAUAUACUUGUUUCCUGUGGAAUCAUUUUAAUUGGUAGAGGCUCAGGUGUUUUUUUUUUUUUGAUUUCCUGGAUACUCCUCAACCGGGACUAAUCAUCUUUAAAAAAAAUAUCAAACGUAAAAUUUUAUUAUACGUACGUACAAGCGAAUCCACAAAGGAAUUGACGGUCCACGAAAAAUGGCUCCACAAAUUUGAAUAAUUCCACAGUAGUUUGUACAACGAGUGAUGAAAUUCUUAACUCUUUUCAAUAGAAUUAGAUAUAUACUUCUUUAUAUUACCUUUUUACAUGCACUGGUCAUUAUCUUUAAGUUUUGUUCAUUGUAUUAUGAUUUAGCCUGGUAUAUUUCUGAUCUGAUUUUAAUUAUGAUAUUGUAUUGACGGAUCACUCUUUAGAUUACUUUUCUAUAUAAAAUGUUUAGCACCCAAAGAACCUAUCGUUGUAAUCGGAUUGUCAAUUAAGCAAUUAUGUUAAAAUAAUACAGAUAUUAUAUCAUGCUCUUCAUGUAUAUAUUGUAAUUUCAAAAUCUUCAAAAUGUUUUCUGCUAGAAAUGAAUAACCGUGUCAACAUGUGGGAUAACAGUUCAUAUCAGGAUGAAUCAUUUACUGGCGUUUUAUUCUGAGCAAACACUAGUAUUCUACAAUUGUAGUUCAAUAAAAUGGAGUUGAUUUUAGCACGUGUAUUUAUACGUAUUAUUGCCUUCAAACAGUGACUCUGCAGUGCAGACAUCUUAAAGUUAUUGCAGUUGCAAUAUAUGACUUAUAAUAUUAAUGCAAAUCUGUGUUUACGUUGUUUGUUUUUA